CGCGAGCAUGGCUUCAGUCUGCGCUGCUGCUGCGACGACCGCGAUAUACGGCGCACGGUACUGAAUGUACGUGUGCUCGGUGGCUGGUGGUGGCUUGUCGCUGCUCACAGACGCCAAAGCCGGAUUCCGGGGUUGCGGGCGCCCACCGUACUCCGGCCGGCAGUCCAUACUAAGCCUCCUGCAGCGCGCUGUAAGGGCGUCCACCGGCCUAGCCUGGUGCUACAAAGCGUGCCACUGCUGCCACCACCAAGUACAGGUACCGCUACCUGCGCCGCUUAUCCCUGGCCUACUUUUUAGCACCAGACUGCGGUGCCGUACUUCCAGCAGCACAGCACCUUUUUUUUUUUCCUCUCUCGCUCUUCCUGAUCUCGACUCGCCCUGUGGCCCCCCCUACGCCGCUGUUGUUUUAUGGUGCUCGCUCCCGCCUCUCUCGCCGGGCCAAACCAUCAACCUCCAACGUCUCCCUCGUGCCCGCGUUUCCACGUCGCCCCGUCCGCUCUCGCCGUCGCACCGCCGGUGCCUUCUAUAUCAUGACUACCGCCUCCCGCCCAGCUAUGCCUAUGUGUUAAAGAAUGUCGCUCUCCGAGAUUCGAAAUGUCGUGUAUGUUGCUCUAAGAAGGCAGGAAAAGGCCUGUUGAUGCGCGCUCUUGUUUGCUUCUGCCGGUGCCGCCAUCCUCUGCGAGUCUACGUCAAUGCCGCUGCUUGCUUGCCAUCGCCGCCAUGUCAUUGGCGCCUCAUCGCCGUCGAGGGCCACCACCACAUAUGGCCGCAGAGCGCUACUUUGACGUUGCUCGCAUGAUGACGACUUCGAUCGCUAGCAUCUCUACCUCUGUUUCUGCUGUCGCAUCUGCGUCUGCGUCUGCGACACCUACUGACGGCUUGACAGGCUUCUCUUCAGUAAUCCGGUCUGGGGUGGUGCUACCACCGUGCCCACCACCAUC